CUGACCUAAGAGCGAUCUUAAACUGAUACAAUCGUAUUGACUUUAUUAUCAGGAGCGAAACCAAACACCAUUUGUGAAUGCGCAAGGCGAAGUUUGCUCGUAUGUUGCUGGUUCUAGUGCAGUGAUAUUCGUCUCCUUGAUACAAACUGAUCGCGGUUAAUAUCGGGAUGAUCUGUAAAAGGUCAUGAGUAAUAAUAGCUAUGUACUUAUGAAGAUUUUUGUGAAGACCUAAUGUGAUUUUGAUUCAAAUUCAGUAACAUAUGUGCGCUGUCUCGUGAAGGGAUAUCUUUACGUCUGAUGUUCGAAGGACAAUAAACGUAUGUGGAUAUAUAGGAAAACUUUAUUCCCUGGUAACCUGAGCAUUAGUUGGAUUUGCGGUCUUUAUCCUGAGCUCUAGGAAGAUUUAGACGAUUUACUGUGUGGUCUAGGAAAACGAUUCAACUGAGGUAGUUACGAUCAAAUGGCAACGCAAAACAAGGAAUCGUUUCUUGCGGAUGUUGUGAACGAGGAAGCAGCCUUCCAGCCGGGAGUCUGGUGCGAGAAAUGUAACAAACGUCUGGUUGAGCUGAAGAGACAGACAUUAAAACUCAUUUUGCCUGAAUUAAACAACGUCAUACAAUAUGAAGGCAGUCUACACAGGGGUUCAAAACUUGCCACUCGAAUAUUCGACCAGUUACGUGUUCCAGAUACCGAGCUGAAAUCCUGGAGGGAUAACCGCUGUGAUAUUUGUUCGGCCAACGUGGCUCAGCUCAAGAACGAAGCGCUGAGUAUGGUUCAAACAUUGGAAGAUUCGCGCUUAUUGGCCGCUCACAUUCCUAGACUCUCCACGUCACCGACAGAAGAGCAGAAACCGCUGAUGGCAAAUACCGCUGUUGCAGAAAACUUGUACAAUCAUUCUGUAAACUUUCCACCAAGAUAUGGUUACAUGGCGUAUGGUCACGAUCCCAGGCCAGAACAGCAACUCUCAUCAUCUGUUUUUGCAAGGGCGGCAUACAAGUUACGAAAGAAGCAAAAACGUAGUGCUGAACCCAGAUCUCCCACCAAGCUAGAAAUGAACGCGCCAAUGACUAGUUUAUUAAACAGUGGAAAUUGUUCACCAGAGCCCAGUCUUUUUCCAAGCAAUUUCAGCAACGCAGUACGGCGUUACCCCCCGCCCACUCCGCCUGGACUUAUUAAAGGACUAGCAAAACGGAAAAGCACAGGGGGGAAAGUCAAAGUGUUGCUAAGGAUCAGUCCAAGUUUCCCAGGAGAGACAAGUUCGUUCUUGAAAGUCGAUCAGAAGAAGAAGCAAGUGACAUUGUACGAUCCUACCGCCAUAAGUCACGUCUCACAGAAAUACAAACGAAUGGGCGUGGCUGCCCCCAAAAUGUUUGUGUUCGACUCAAUUUUUGAACCUGACUCUUCCCAGGCUGAAAUUUGUAGCACAGCGCUAACAGACGUUUUGCAAGCGGUAGUCAAUGGAUCGGACGGUUGUGUUUUUGCCUAUGGACACUCUGGGCUGGGAAAGACUUUCUCAAUGGUUGGCCGAGAUGAAAACGUUCAUAGUUUAGGAAUAGCCGCCUGUUCCAUUGCAUGGCUCUUCAGACUAAUCGAUGAGAAAAGGGAAAAGACUGGUGCACGGUUCUCUAUCCGGGUGUCCGCUGUGGAAGUCGUCGGACGUUCCGAGAAUCUUAAGGAUCUCCUUCAAGAUCAAUCAAAAGCUGACAGCAACGAUACAACAAAUGGAACUAAACCAAGUGUCUAUCUUUACGAUGAUCCUGUUUCCGGACCCCAGCUUCUAAACCACAGCGAAUUAAGAGCGUCGACACCUGAAAAAGCAGCUUUCUACCUGGAUGCUGCCUUGGCUGCCAGAACUAUCCCAAACAACGAGAAAGACACAGAAGAGACUCUCAACUCUCAUAUGUUUUUCACUAUUCACGUUUACCAGUCGAGAGUCGAUAAAAUUGCUGGGAAAAUGGGAGUUCACGGCGGAAGGUCACGCCUUCACUUAAUCGACUUGGCAAGUUGUGAGAGAUAUAACUCGUCUAAAAAAGAGAUUAGCUGUUGUUCGAUGUCUUUGAAUGGUUUGGGGAAUGUCAUCAUUGCUCUAAUUAACGGAGCGAAGCAUGUACCGCAUAAGGACAGCACCUUGACUAGACUUCUUAGAGAAUCACUGGGAAGCACCACAUGCCGUGCAACAAUGGUUGGGCAUAUCUCACCGUCCAUACCAUUUUACACUGAAUCACUUGCCUGCGUCCAGUUUGCAGCAAGAAUUCAUCGCUUGCGAAGGAAGAAAGGAGGAAAGGGUUCAAGCACCAGUUCCUCUGGAGGAGAAAGCUCUUGCGAUGAAAUGAGAAUGAGAAAGCCAAGGAUCCGUACCAGUGCUCUGACGGAACCUCUUCGUGAAGAGUCCAACAAUAUGUCCGAGGAUUAUACUUCGAGUACUGGAGAAGAGUCGUGUGAUACGGUAAUAUAUUGUGGUCCAGAUGGAGAGAUCAGUGACCGAGAUCUCACGGACAACGAGGGACCUUCGCAUAUGAAUAAGGUCACCGUUGGACCCAAGGGAAUUGAAGUGGAUGCCAACCUAAGGUCUAAAUUAAAUACCAUUGAGGAGAAAUCUCCCGAAGGAAGUCGAUGUCCUAGCAUGGAACUGGAGUAUGAUUUGAGUGAAGAGUUCAAGGGCAAUAUAGAAAAAGUCCCAGAGAAAGGUUCAGUUGAAAAUCUAACAUUGAAGAAGAAGAAGAAGAAAGCUAAUAGCGAGAACUGUGAAUUCUGGGAAGACCCCUUGUCGAAGGUUGGUCGUGUGCGCACACCCGAGCCUGUUGAAGAGCCAUUACUUGACGUUGCUGAGCAGGAGACAGUGUGUACCGUGGGUUCAGAUGCUGAACCCGACGGAACAGAAUGUGACGUAAAUACGACGAUUACCGGAUUUAUUCCGAUCACAGAUACUUUGGAAAAUGAUUCCAGUAAUGACGUCAUCGAAGAGGAACUUAGCCACUCACCGGCACUUGAUACCCCUCUAAGUACAUUCUAUCAUAUCGUACCAGUCUCUGACUCUGACGAAAAAGAGAAGGCAAUUGAGAAGAGCGUGGACCGUCAUCAGCAUCACAGCCCUAAGACCACGCCCAAUUCACCUCCAAGCCCAACUAGCAAAGAAGUACGGUCGAUUUUAGAGAAUUAUGUUGUUGAUCAAAUGCUUAUAAAAAACUCUCACCAACAACCAAACCAGAGCCACUUUGAUACGACGGACGAAGCUUCUGAGGGCCUGGUACCGCCUUUAACACCUCAGAAGACCUGCGUGGCUGGUACUGCCCAGAUAAGCGCGACCUCACCAAAGCGUAUGAAACGGAGUCGUCCACGCAGUAAAGAAGCGACGUCAUCAAACAGGAAGUGCCUGAGCGACGCUGGAGAUAAUCGAAGUGACACGCGCAGCGAAGACUCAUAUGGGAGUACCAAGACUGAUCCAUUGCAUUACGUUAAAACACCACGUCGAGGAGUUAAACCAUGUCAUGCCAGCAGCUCCGGGUCUUUACCUAGAGAGUAUAAGGUGAUCAUUAGGGAUAAGACGGCAUGUGUGCAUUAUGUGGGGUGUGAAAUGGAUAAUGGUGGUGGUGAUAAUAAUGGCGCGCGAGGAAGUCCUUGCAAGACGGCUACAGUACAGUUGAGGUAUUGUGGCUCAGAGCAGGAUAACGAAAAUGAAAACACAGAUUUGGUUUCGUCACCCAAGAGUCCAGAUUCACAACGUAAAGCAACGCCUCUGACAAUAACCAGUCGUGCAAGUUUUGCGUUUAACCAAUCAACGCUUAAGAAACCGAAGAUUGAUAAUGAGCCAAUCAAAACUGGAGAGCCUUACGGACCACAUGAGGUCAUGUCCAGGAACAGCAAAGAGAAGUUGUGUGCAAAAUCGGAGGGCGAAGUAGAUAUCCACCCUGAAAUGAACUCGGAUGCUCCUAGACGCAAGGGUGUUUGUUUGAAUGUACCUGUGAGACAACGAUCUAAAUUCAAAGCUUCAAGGAUAAGAGACAGUGGUCAAGGAUACAGUAGUGGUAUUGCCAGUGAUGGUAGUAUCACAGAUUCACCGUCGUCUAAAUCACCAGCGAGACGAAGAAGAAGACUCGGUUCAGAGGUCAGCAGUAGUGGCUACGAAAGUAUGCGCGAUGGAACAACGAGUCACGUGUCUGGAAGUGACAGUGCGGAUGAGAAGGGAGUACUUGUGGAUAGAUCCAACUCAGGAAACCAGCGUGCUACUUCGGGUAGAGAAAAUAACUCUGGUGAUUUUGAGCGUUUACGGUUGCGAGGAAUUGAUGAAAUGAAGGAAACACCUAGCUCACUUCUGGAUAUUCAUAAAUGGAGAGUUAUUAAGUUACGAACAAAACAAGUUGAGCUAAAACGAGAAUUAGAUCAAGCCAAAAGCAGGUUACUUCUGGACGGCACAAGAUGGAGCUUUUAUCUUGAAUCCGCAAACAUGGAUCCGGAAGAUUCAAAUUUGGUUCAAGUACUUGAAAAAGAGAAUAAACGUUUGGAAAAAAGAAUCAAAGUUUGUAAAUCUCGAAUUAUGCUGGUGACAUCGUUUGACAUCUUGCCUCAAAGAAGUAAACUCUAAUUAAAAACAAAAUGUAAAUUAUUCGAUUGUAGAUAAAAAGUAGUUUUAUUUUAUAAAAAAAAUACUAAAAAGGGUCUCUUCAAGGUGACUAAUGUAAUUAAUGUGGAAAAAUAGGUAAUGGAUGUAAAGAAUAUUCUAUAAGGAUAGUAUAUAUUUCUGAAUUUUAGAAAUCAUUGAUGCAAAGUAAAUGGAGGGUUAGAUAAUUUAUAUAUAACUGGAGAUAAUUUUUUGUAAAUGAGCCGGUUUAGACUUCACAAUGAUAAAGAAUCCUAGCUAUUAUUGAUAUUAAAAUCUUAAAAUCCAUCCAGAGUUCUAUCAAAACAACAAAAAAUCAUAACACGGUAAAUUUAACGGGAACACGGUAAACGGUAAAACGUUUAAAUUCAGUAGUCGCAUUGAUUAUACUAUUCUCUUGCUAAAAACAC